AUGCACAAGGCUGUGUUGUUCGACAUGGUGAAACGCCACAAGGGGAACGUUUCUUUCUUCUUUGAGAGCCCUGUCAGGCUAAAGCGACUAAUAUUACGUAAUGGCAAGCCCAACUGCAGUCUAAGAAGCAGGCACCAGAAGUUUAGAGCCACGCCCUUUUUCUACGGCCACCCGGCCACCGCAGGCCUACUAUACGGCAUCAGGCCCGCGUUCUCCUUCCGCGGUAGCUAUUCCUCCGACGGAUGCGCCAUGCUUUCAGAAAAUGAGGUGCCUUGCGUCUUGUUCGGAAUGAUGUGUGGGCGCUGCGCCAGUCACUUUCCUUGCAGCAUGGCGGCCUAG